AUGGCAGAAGCAGUGGUGUCGACUGCUCUAGAAACCUUGCGCGAUUUGUUGUUGGAAGAGGCAAAGUUUUUAUAUGGUGUGGGCGAUGAAGUGAAGGAGCUCGAGAUCCAGCUCAAAGAGAUGAAGUGUCUUCUCAAAGAUGCCGACAGAAGACGACAUGAAAAUGAAACCAUUUUCAAUUGGAUCUCAGAGAUCAAAGAUCUUGUGUACAGAGCCGAAGCUGCCAUUGAAAGACACGCAGCUUAUCAAGUGACUUCAAGGAGAAAACGAGGCCUCAAACAGCUCCUCCGCAGAUGUAGUUGUAGUUUGGAAGAAUACAAGUCGAUCCACCAAUUAGGCUUGGAGAUUUCACCGAUCAAAUCCAGACUUGAAAGGAUAAACAAGGAAAUGUUAGAAAGUGGCAUAAAGAAGAGCAUCAUCAACAAUACAGAUGAAGGGGAAAGCUCGUCCGCCAACAACAGAGCAAGGAAGAGCUUCCCCAAAUUCGAGAUCGGAGACUGUUUUGUGGGGAUGAAGGAUGAGCUCAAGCAGCUACUUCAUCUCCUAGUGGAAGACGAAAAGCAUCGAGUAAUUUCAGUGUGGGGAAUGGGGGGAUCAGGCAAGACCACCAUUGCCAAAAAGCUCUACAACGAUAACAACACCAGCUUUGAUCUUUGCGCAUGGGUUUGCAUUAGUCAGCAAUGUCAGAGUUUUCAAUCAGUUUGGAAUGAUGUUCUCAUGCAGCUACAACAUCAAAACACGAAGGAUGGGCCAAAAAUAAGGGACGAUGUUACAAGUUUGAGCGAGUGGGAGUUGAAUGAGCGACUAUGCAAGAUACAAAGAGAGAAGCGAUGCCUCAUUGUUUUUGACGAUCUUUGGGAAACUUCUCAUUGGGAUGGCUUCAAGCAUCCCUUCAUUGUCCAAGAUUUGCUGAGCAAAAUCUUGAUCACCACGCGUGAACGGGAAGUCGCGGAGAUUGGAUGCCCUGUCAAACUUGGGCUUCUAAAAGAGUAA